UGCGAUAUCAUCGCCGUCGGGCGAGCGUUGGACAAGUCCGACGAGAUCAUGUCAAGCAUCGACCCGGCCUACCACCUCGACACCUACCGAGCCCUGUACGCGGACAGCCGGUUCGAGGUGCAGCUGCCGGUGCCUGAUGAGCUGGCGGUUGACGUGGACAUUCUUCCUCCGGCCUGGGUGCCCAACCAGGCUGGUCGCCCCAAGAAAAAGGGGCCCUCGAGGACGAAGAGGAUCCCAUCCAGGGGAGAGCACGCUUCGUCGUCCUCCUACAACGUCCGCCUGAUGCCCGCCCUGUCUGAGGGCGCGCCUGCAUCGUCGCAGGGAGCGCCCGUAUCGUCGCAGGGAGCGCCCGCAUUGUCGCAGGGAGCGCCCACCUUGUCUCAGGGAGCUCCCGCCCUGUCGCAGGGCGGCGUGCAGUCUGGUGUUAUCUCCGUUGACUAGAUGGGUAACAAGUACCUCGCGUUUCGUGACCUCGGAGUUUGCUGUUUUCGACCACCAUUGUCCGUUGUGCUGUCGCUCUUGCUGUGUCUUCUUGAAGUUCCUCGGUAACGUUUCCUCGUGUUGUGAUUUUACGGAGGGAUGAGCCGGUGAAGUGGCUGAGCAGCGGCGGUACUGGCCUGGCAUGGCAUGGCCUGGCCCGCCUUGUUUGGGUAGAGAAAUUCCGGGCAUGAAUCUCACGCGAGUUGUCGCAGGAUGGUGUCGGGCUGUUGAUUUUUGACUGUUGGGUGUGCGGACCGGCCUCCCUUCACACAAGCACGGCGGUCAGUUCGAUGUAGUGCCAACAUAAUGGGGGCACGAUUUUGCGUCUCUGACGGUUUUGGGCAGCUUUGACAGGAAAGAAGCUAUUGUCUCGACUAGGAGCGCUGUGCGUUUUUUUGUCUCGUGUUUCGUGUGUCAUUUCGGAACUCGUCGUUCUGUUCCGGGGUCGUUUAUCGUUUUCACCUUUUCAUUCUGUUUUUGGUCCAUCCGUCUUGUUUAUUUCGUGCCAUUUUCGCCUCUUCAGUCGGUCCACGUUAGAUAUCUGCUGACAGUUGGAUCAUCAGAUGGCACCAGAAAGAAAGCUUUUAUCGCCAAUACGAGGGACGGUACGUGUUGAUCCUGUGUUUCACCUCCGGACUCUACCUCAUGCUCCGCGCUUGUUUUGGUCAUCCGUCUUGUCUUUCCUCUUUUCCGCACCCUGUUGCGUCGACUUCGUGUGUCAGUUGGACUUUCCACUAUUUUUCUGCCCUCAACCAAGGCACAACGUACAAGUAAGGCUGCUCAACAUAAAAAUCCACAAACUUUUGAUACUUCGCAGCAGCCGCAUCACCUACCCUUGUGAAUCCCUUUACGCUUCUUUUCAUGAUGUAUUUCCCCAAGACAGCCCCUUCGUUUGUGGACGCACGGUGUGCUUUUAACCACACACAGGUCAGGGUAACACCGCCAGCCACAAAAAACUGUUGCAUGCAAAUCGGGGUUGGUUCCUCUACCCUCCUAGAAGAAGGUCAUCCGCGCGCAUAGCGGCAGACACAACAAGCGAGGGGUAUUCUUGCAACUUGAUCGCACAAACCGUUCAUGCUGCGUGUACCACCACUCUUUAUCUUUCCCCAUCUCCUGUGGCAAGCCCGCAGUUCCUUAUCUCUCCCGGGUACUCACGAGAGGUCGAAGUCAAGGUCGCUGUUUAAGCUGAGGUCCCACGGCAUCCACUGCUUGCUGCUCCUGCAUAACUGUACGAUCCUCUUCCUACACAAUGUGUCAUGGACUAUAUCUCGGGUCUUGAUCGAGACAUAACCACGGCAUCCACUGCUUACUGCUCCUGCAUUGCUGUGUACGAACGACCCUCUGCGUACACAACAACAUGCCAUACAUCUCCGGUCUUGAUGUGUCUAGUCUAUACAUGUUAUCCAGACGAAAGCGACACCCUGAUCCUUCUGUGCCUGAUGUUUCCAUGGACAUAUCUGAGCAUAUAUAUAUAUAUAUAUACAUGUGUGCAGCUCAAGUGAUCACAUGAGGUAUUGAGAGGUAUCCAUCCACCGCCGCCCGCCUGGCCCUCUCUCUCCUCCCUCUCCGAUACGAAACGAGAACCGAGAGACUUCCGCCGUCGGCUGUGGGUUGCAGGAGGAGGCUUGCAGG